AUGCUGGAUUCCAUCAUGUCCCUCGCCAAACGAGUCAAGGUCGUGGUCACGGCCUCGACGACCAAGGCGGAGCUGGCGGAGAUGCAACGUGACCCCUGGUCGAAAUCAGCCAAAUACGGAUAUGGAUUCGUUUACUUCGCCGUCGUGCUGCUGGUCGUCACCUCCCUCGUCCGAUUCUGGCAUAUCUGGGGCGACAAGAUGCGGGUCGCCUACUUCAGAGAAAGCCGAUCCCAGAUUCAUCCGAAUACUUCCAUGUGCGACGAAUACGAGCUUCCCAGUGCCGGCACUGAUGCUUCCAGCGCACAUUUCUUCCCAUCUCACACGGCUAUUGCUCCUCCCAAAAGACGCGAGUCAAUCUUCCAACGAUUCAUCCCGUUGCAGAAGGUAAUCGCACUCAUGCGCUGGGUAUUUUAUAGACCAAUUCCCGUCGUUCGAAUGGGGAGGACAGAAUUCGUUUUCCCUUCUCUGGCAGUGACGAUGAUUGUGCUGACCGCGUUGAUCUUCGUGACUCUGUAUUGCUUCGUGCCACAGCCUUUGUACUACUGGUCCAUCGCCCUGGGAUCACCGCCCUUGGCCAUUCGGGCAGGCAUGCUUGCAGUUGCGAUGGUUCCGUGGAUUGUCGCGCUUGCCACCAAGGCAAACUUCAUCACCAUGCUCACUGGCCUGGGACCCGAGCGGCUGAAUGGGCUUCACCGCUGGUCUGCUUAUAUCUGUCUCUUCUUGUGUCUUGUGCAUAUGAUUCCUUUCUACAUCACCCCGAUCUGGGAGGAUGGAGCCAUGAUCAACUAUCGGAAGCUUGCGAGCAUGUCUAUAUAUGUGUAUGGUACGGGUCUCGCAGCAGCCGUGCCUCUAUUUGUUCUGUGCAUCCAUUCACUUCCCUUUAUCCGCCACCGGAUGUAUGAGCUGUUCAUUAUCGUUCAUAUCCCCGUAUCAUGGAUCUUCGUGGCGAUGCUGUUCUGGCACACGAGCAAUUAUCUCUCCUCGUGGGGAUACCUCUGGACCACCGUCGUGAUUUGGAUCAUCACGUACAUCAUCCGCCUCUUCUAUCUGAACUGGAUGAACCCAUUCCGGAUGUCAUCGUUCAUGAUUGGAGAGGAGUCGGCCAUUACACUACUUCCUCAGGGUGCCAUCAAGGUGACUGUCCCUACCCAGAUGCGCUGGCGACCGGGGCAGUACGUCUAUCUGCGCAUGCCCAGGAUUUCCGUCUUCCAGAGUCACCCCUUUACUAUUGCCUCACUCUGCAGCGAUGACUUCCCAUCUGCAUAUGGCGAGAAGUACCGAGACCUGACCCUCGUCUUUCGACCUUCCCAGGGGUUCACACGCAAAGCAUUUGAAAAGUACUUGGAGAAUGGCCCGUUCAAGACCUACACGGCAUUCCUCGAAGGGCCUUAUGGCGGCAUGCAGCGAGAGAUGUCCGCCUUCGACGACAUAAUUUUCUUCGCAGGAGGAAGCGGCAUCACCGCCAUUGCUAGUCAGCUGCUAGACCUGAUCAAGAAGAUUCGUGACGGUAAAGCUGUCACCAAAUCAGUCAAAGUCAUUUGGUCCCUGAAGACACCAGAGACAAUGGAAUGGUUCCAAGAGGAGCUCCGCAUCUGUCGAGACCAUGCACCAUCCAGUAUCGUUCAUUGCCAUUUCUUCCUCACCGCGGUAAACCAAGACGACCAAAAUGGGCGAGAUAUGGUCCAGGAGAAGAUAUCUGGUAUAUUGCAGGGCAUUGACAAGCGCAAUUCCGCCUGGAUCAGAGAAGAGGCAGCCGGUGACGCCGAGAGAGAAAAGGAACUGCGCCGUGAGAACGAAGACGGGCUUGCUGCUCUCCCAGGUGCAUACAUGGCACCUCACGUUGCGACCAACCGCCAUUACUGCCAAGAUUCUUAUGCCUCUGGAUCACCUGGACUCAAUAACGUCCCCUUCAACUUUGGAUUCAACAACUCACAACCUGUGGCCCAAAGGACCACGCCGCGCUAUGCUGUGUUCCAAUCAUCACAACGGAGAGAAAACUGGAGGACGGACUACUUCCGACCCAACAUCCCCGAGAUGCUCAAUGGAUUCUCGAAGAACUUUGGUCGGCGCGCCUGUGUCUUCGUAUGCGGCCCGCCCAGCAUGCGUGUCGAAGUGGCCAACACAGUGGCCAAGCUACAAACGCAGGUGAUGUUAGAUCCGAACAGAGACGAGAUCUUCUUGCAUGCAGAGAACUAUAACAUCUAA